CUAAUUUUUAAUUUUAACAUGUUUUUGGAUCAGCAGAUAAUAUGGUGAGACCUCCAUGCUGCACCGGGCUGAAUGUGAAGAAGGGACUUUGGAAUAAUGAGAAGGAGGAUGCAAAGAUACCUGCAUAUGUAUCUAAGCAUGGAACGCGAAAUUGGACAGAGGUCUCCAAGAAAGCAGGACUUAAGAGAUAUGGAAAGAGCUGCAGGCUCCGGUGGACUAAUCACCUGAGGCCUGACCUCAAGCACGAGAGCUUUACACCCGAAGAAGAGGAGUUGAUUAUUAGGCUUCAUGCAGCAAUUGGUAGCAGGUGGUCUAUAAUAGCCCAACAGCUUCCAGGGAGAACAGACAGUGAUGUGAAAAACUACUGGAACACAAAGCUGAGAAAGAAGCUUAUUGAAAUGGGAAUCGAUCCGGUUACUCAUAAGCCCUUCUCCCAAAUCCUAGCUGAUUAUGGAAACAUUGGUGGCCUCCCAAGAGCCAGAACUCAGAUUGGGUCUCUAAAUAGAGAUUUAAAGAAUGCACUAAUGUUCAAAUCAGAGCAAUCUCAAAUCCAACCCCAAGGCUUUCCAAAAUUCAACAACCAUUUGACAAGCCUAGUUACAUCACCCAAAAUUGAACCAACUCAAGACAGCUUAUUGAGCAACGACAUAUAUAAUAAUCAUCAGUCACUGGACCUUCUUGCACAGCUCCAAUCCAUAAUACUUGUGACAGAGGCCUCAAAUUGCAUCAACCACGAAACCGCCCAACCCCAAUUUUUAAGUGAAGGCUCUUGUUCAUCAUCAGCAUCACCAUCACCAUCGUCGCCUUCUUCAAUUGCCAAUCAAGUACGAUCGCCUCUGAGCUUUAGUUGGCGCGAUUUUCUUCUCGAAGAUGCAUUUCAUGGGGACAAUGCACAAGAACAAGAAGGUUUGGUGGAGAUUUCAACCAAUGGCUCCUCAAGCCAUAAGCAAUAUGAGAUGCAGAUGAAUGUUCUGCACACUGAAGAAAAGCAGAAUUUAGAAGCAGCACAAGAAGUGGAACUUAAUGCCCAAAACAAUGGUCUUGAAGCUUCAUCAUCUUCCCAGAGUUCAUUUGUGGAAGUUAUGCUAGAUCAAGAAAAUGACACAUUCUUGGGUUUUCCUGGCCUUUUAGAGGAACCACUCUACUACUAA